CUCAAUUGCGCAAAAAUUACUUUGGUAUGUAGUCGUCAAUCUACGAUUGUCCAAGUUUAACAUCAAUCUCGAGUUGCCGAUUUGUCAUCGACUGAGCAGUAUUAUCAUUGUGUAGGUUGUCGCAAGUUAAUCCUAUAUUUUCGUCCAGAAUGGAAAUGGCGAUUCUACAAAAUUGUCGUAGGAAUGCCAACUUGCGACACGAGGAUAACGUGGAAGGGAUUGUUUCUAGUAAUUCAUUUCAUUUCCCGUUGAAGUCAUUGAGUGAUGAGAUAGACACUCAAGAUGGAAAAAAUGAUGUUGAACAAUUGAAACUUGCGGCAAUUUACGAUGCUUAUAAUGGAGAAAGUGUGCUUCAUGUAGCCACGAGAAUGGGUGACGAAGGUAUUCUUCGUAAGUUGUUGGAAAAUAAAUUAAUUGCUCGUCUUGUAAACCAUGUCGAAAGUGAAAAUGGUCGAUCACCACUUCAUUUUGCCGCAAAGUUCAACCAUCUCGAGAUCGCUAAGAUGUUGUUGGAACACUAUGGAAAGAUAACACGGAUUGACACCACAGAACGAUCUCCAUUGUACAUUGCUGCUUAUAACGGCCAUGCUAAAAUGCUCGACUUUUUUCUAAAACAAGGAAAAUACAAUGUGAAUGACCUCCGCAAAGUACUUUAUGCUGCUGUGAACAGUGGAGAUGAAAGUACAGUAAAAGUCUUUCUUGAACAUCAUGAUGAUAUCGGCCGAGACUAUUUACAAGAAGAAAUCAAUGAUAGCUAUUUGAUUCAUAAAAUUUGUAAAAAGGGAAUGGAGAAUAUUUUGUCACAAUUAGUGUCGAAGGCAGAAGAUAUAGUUGCUCAGCAAAUGAAGAGAAGGGAUGAACAGGGAUUUACUCCACUACAUCAAGCUGUAAUCAACGAUCGAAGCGGUCUUGUUAGGUACAUAGGAUCAAUGAACAUGGAUUUUGUAAAUGAAAAGACGGAAAAGUCUCAGUCUGCUUUAGUCCUCGCUGCAGAACGUGGCUAUCAGCAGGUCGUCGAGGAACUGCUGGAUCUGAAUGCUGAUUUUAACAUCCGCGAUGGCAGCAAUGGAAACAGAACAGUUCUUCACUAUGCAAUCGCUUAUCCUGAAAUAUUAAAAAUUUUACUUAAGAAAAACGAUCGUAUCCUUUUAUUGAUAAAUGCAAAAAGAGAAGGUGGUGGUUAUACUCCCAUUCAUGACGCAGCUUAUAACGGACUUCUUGAGAGUGUAAGAAUUCUGCUGGAACAUGGCGCUAAUCCGAAUGUCUUCUCGACGAGUUAUCGGACACCAUUAUAUUGCGCUGUUCUUUCUCAGAACUCUGAUGUGGUUGAAUUAAUCCUCGUCCAUAAACCAGCUUUGAUCAACAAGGUCGAUGAUACAUGGCAAACCCCGCUUCAUACAGCAGCAAAAACAAAUAGCUCCGAGGUCGUCAAAUGUCUACUGAAUAACGGAGCAAUCAUGUUAACCGACAAAGAUAAGUCUACUCCUCUUCAUAUCGCAGCGCAGCACGGACAACUCGACAUUGUUAAAUUAUUGGUAGAGCAUAAACGUUCCAUGAUCGAUCGCGAGAACGACAAAAAACGAACAGCAUUACUCGAAGCUGCUUCACAUGGCAAAAUAAAUGUGGUGAAAUAUUUAUUGGAUGAAGAAGCAGCCAUUACGAAAGAUGGUGAAUUAUUUGGCUGCUUGGAUUAUGCCAUUUUAAAUGGCGAUAAAGAUAAUGCUAUUGCGAUGGUGUGUCAUGAUAAAUGGGAUGAGAUAAUAGAGAAAACAAUGUAUGGUCCACAAGGAACAAUGGCCAAUUUGAUUUCGAAAAAAAUGUCAGAGGUGGCAUAUCAAGUUUUGUGUAAAAGCAUGAUACCCGAAAAUCACCCAAAAUGUGAGAAUUAUAAAGUCAAAUAUGACUUUAAGUACUUACAAAAUAAUCCCUCAGAGACAAGUGAAGGAACUAAAAAAUUCAAGCCGUUGACCGCUAUCAAAAAUAUGGUACUUUUUAAAAGCUACAAAUGUUUACGUCAUCCUGUCUGCUGCAAAUUCCUUGAAGAAAAGUGGAAAGAACUUGGAUGUGGGUUGUAUAUGAUACGCUUGUUUUUCUACAUGGCAUUUCUAAUUUCUCUGAACGUGUAUGCAACUAAUAUUCCUCCAUACAAUCCAUCAGUAAAAAGCACAGAAUUACCAGAAGCAAACAUAGAUGUUAAGGCAGCGAUGGUUAUUUGUCUUGUUUUUACUGGCAUUGAAAGUUUGAAUGAAAUAAUUCAGAUAUUGGUUAACUUGAAGGCUUUCAUGAAUUAUCUUCUGGAUCCAGUCAACCUUUUGCAAUGGAUUCUCUACGCAAUGACAAUCAUCUUUGCUGUACCAUGUCAUGAAAACAUCGCUGCAAAGACAAGUUCUCAAUGGAAAGCUUGUUCUAUAGCGUUGUUUUGUGCUUGGAUAAAUUUAGCCAUGUAUCUAAGAAGGUUUGCCUCUUACGGUAUCAUUAUUCAAAUGAUGUGGAAAAUCUUACUCUCAACAAUGAAGGUGAUGCUGCUUUUGAUAUGUUUCAUGGUCGCUUUUGCAGCAGCUUUUACGUCCAUCAUGCAUGACAGAGAGUUGUUCAAGAACUUUGGCUAUUCUCUGCUAACUGGAGCAAUGAUGACAUUGGGAGAAUUUAAUUUUCAAGACACGUUUCUUGGAGACCGCGGUCAUUUCAACACAUUUUUCUUGCUACAAUUGUGCUUUCUUAGUUUAUUUAUCAUCAUCAUGCCAAUCAUUGUCAUGAACCUUUUGCUCGCGCUUGCGAUUGGUGAUACCAGUAAAAUUAUGCAAGAUGCUAAGCUGCAGAAACAUAUUCAAACUGCGAAAAUGAUUAUCGAUAUCGAAAGAAAAAAGUACAUACCUUGGAUGAAAACUUGUUUUAAACAAAGCAAAAUGUUCGUAAAAGAAGAACCCAACAAGAAGCACGGCCUCCUUCAUAAGUUUUGGGAAAUUAUAUUUUAUGGACCUGAUUUUUCGUCCGAUCCAGUUGACGAGGCUUUCGAAAAUAUUGGGAAGAACGAUAACAUGUCGAAGCGCGAAAACUGUAAACCAGAUUGUAAACAGAGCCAGGAAACUUUACAGAAGAACAAAGAGAAUGAAUCAACUGUGGAAGAUUCUCGCCGUUUUUUCCAGGAAUCGUAGAGGCGAUAUACUCAAAUGAAUUCUGAUGAUCUGAAGCCGAAAUCAGGAGGACAACAGAUAUAAAAUAAUAGCAAUUCGUAAUUUCCCAACAUAAGUACUCAUGCACGUGUAUUAUUCAUGCAUGAAAAAUUUCUCAAUUCUUAAUGGUUUAGAGCAGGGCAAUUUAUAGUAAAUACCAGGUGCAAAUUGGUAUUAAUAACUUGCCGGCUGAAAUGCAUACGUACAUUGAAGUUAAAAAUCAACAGGAUUAAGAAAUUUUUUCAUGUAUAUUAUUAAUAAUCAUUAGCAUCAUAGUUUCUAGUGAGAUUUGGAAAUAAAAUUGCCACGCAAUUUCUCGUUUCUCUCAAACUUUCCCCUUUUUCUAUAGCUAACUCUAUAUAAACUGGAAAAUAAAAUCAUCGUUACUUUUAAUAAUAAUGACAUUAAAACCCAAAUAAGUCUGAAGAUUUUAAUGGAAUUUUUUUCCUUCAAAUGCAUUGGAGGAUUACUUAAUGUAUCUGUGAAAGAUGACAUGCUCGUGAGGUGCAAAUCACAAUAAAAAUUUCAGUCGUGACGUCAAUUAAAUAAAUGUUAACAUACUUAAA